CCUUUUUUUUCCUAUAUAAUUCUUUUUUAGUCCCUCCCAAGGCCCAAGCUCCGACCUCGUCUUCAAUGGAGGGAGAGAAGAAGCCGGCGCUGCUCUCCCGGCCAUCGCCUUCGUUCCGGCUCCGCUGCGCGAGCCUCAACGCCGUGCGGCUCCGCCGCAUCUUCGACCUCUUCGAUCACAACGGCGACGGCGAGAUCACCGUUGAGGAGCUCGCCCUAGCCUUAGAUCGCCUAGGGCUCGGAGCCGACCUCACCGAUCUCCGCGCCACCAUCGAUGGCUACAUCCAACCAGGCCAUCAAGGGCUUGCAUACGAGGACUUCGAGAAGCUUCACUCGGCUCUCGGAGAAGCUCUGUUUGGGCAGGAAGUAGUCGGUGACGACGAAGCGGGAGUGAGAGAGGAGGAGGAUGAGGAUAUGGAGGAGGCCUUCAAGGUGUUCGAUGAGGAUGGGGAUGGGUUCAUCUCUGCGGCGGAGUUGCAAGCGGUGCUGGCGAAAUUAGGGUUGCCGGAGGGGAAGAGCAUGGCGAGGGUGAUGGAGAUGAUUUGCUCCGUUGAUCGGAAUCACGAUGGACGGGUGGAUUUUCUCGAGUUCAAGGAUAUGAUGAGAAGCAUCGCCGUCAAGAGCUCUUGA